AUGUUUUGGAGGGGAAAGUUGCAACAAGUGUUUAAUUUCUGCUACAAGUUUUCACUGAUAUCUAUCAACAAGUCAAGUCAAAAGCGCAAUGUUCAUUCUGUAGCAUUUUCCCAACAUGGCGAUAAGGAGAGGAUAAAAGAUAUUUUUAUAAGAGGAACGAGGAUUUUUAUGAUAGCAACAAGUGGCUAUACUUAUCAUAAAGCAGGGUAUAAACGUGACUCAAACGCGCAGACUCGUAAAACUUCAUUGAAGAAAGCUUUCCGAAGCUUGUUUUCGGAUUUUCAUUCAAAAGCUGCCCUAGGAACGAUGCAGGGUGUAAUAUCCCUUUUCCCUGAUAAAAUCUCAUCAAAGAGCUUGUGUCUAAAAAUGGAUCCGAACAACGAAGCAUCAACUCUCUUCUAUGCUUGA